GAUGAGCAACAAAUGUUAUCCAAUGCUGCUUGACAUUGCUAAUGCAAAAGAGAUGAACAUGUGCAAAUUUAUUGUUGAUGAGCUGCACAAUAAUCUGUCAAAUGGGAAGUAUAGCAGGGGAUGUUUACUGUACUGCAUGCUGCGGUACUUUGAUGCACUCAACACCAAUCACUUGGAGCUUAUGCUUGGAGAUGAACGUUUUGCUAUUAAUGCUUGGUCUAGCUUACAAAUUGAUGCUGUUGGUGCAAUGGAUGCACAGGAGUACGAUUCAACCAUAUUCGGUGUUACGGAGCUGCUUGUUGGUUUUUAA